CAAUGGGCUUUAAAGGACUUGUACACAUGUUUUCUUCUUAUUGAUAGUGCAACCAGUCGAUCACUUUAUUCAUUGUAGGGCAAUCUUGAUAACAUGAUCGCCUUAUCUAAAACAUGGAUUUUCAAAAACAGAAAUAUCACAUUGUGCGUUUUAUAACUUAACGAUGAAUUUUUUAAUUGUGCAACUUGUUAUUGGUAUAUUGUUAACAUUGACAUAUGUUAACACAUUAUAUAGUAACACAUGGCUAUUAAAAGGGAAACUUAACAAGGUCGAAGUUAACGUUCUGGCUGCAUUGCAUGGCUUAACCUUCAUACGACAGAUAGAGACGGGUCAUUAUCUGAUGUUACAUGGCGGCUCUAAUAAGGCAUCCAAGACGUCAGCCAAGCAUAUAGGUGAUGGCCUUAAAAUGGACCCACGAGUCACAUACCUGAAGCAAGAAGAGUGGGAACAUGUUUCUCUACGAGGGUUUACCGUAUCGGACCCAAUGUGGAGUCAGUCUUGGUAUUUGAAUAAUCAAACUGAUAAGUCGAUGGGUAUUUUGGAGGCAUGGACAUCAAACUACACAGGCAAAGGUGUAACGAUAGCGAUUGUUGACAACGGUGUUGAUAUCAAUCACCCUGACUUACAAAACAUAAACCGGGACGCUUGUGUUGAUCUCUAUGACAAUGACCAAAACCCUCUGCCUUCCGUCGGCCAAAAUCAUGGUACAAAAUGUGCAGGCGUUGCAGUUGCGUCUAAAAACAGCAUUUGUGCUAUUGGCAGCGCGUUUGAAGCCAGAUAUGCCGCUAUCCGUAUGAUUGGACCUUUUGGUGUUACACAGAGUGCAAAACUUCAGGCAAUAUUGCGAGCAGGCGUAGAUGUUUCUUCAAACAGUUGGGGAGGUCUGGAUGGUACUUUUGAUGGACCUUCUGCUAAUGAACAAAACGCUUUCAUCAAAGGAUCAAAGUUACGUGGGGGUAAAGGUGUGAUUUACGUCUUCGCCGGAGGCAACGGUGGUUUUGACGACAACUGCAACUUGGACGGAUAUGUUAACAGUAUUUAUACGAUUGGCAUCAACGGUGUUGCACGGGAUCGUGAGCCUCCUGGUUAUGCAGAACCAUGUAGCGCAAUUCUUGCAAGCGCCUAUACAGGAAAGGGAGGAAGCUCGGACAACGUGUGUACCACUGACGUGAAUGGCGGCUGCAUUAGCUCGUUUACAGGAACUUCGGCGGCCGCACCUUUAGCAGCUGGGGCUCUAGCACUAGUGCUUGAAUCAAACCCAAAUUUACACUGGAGAGAUAUACAGGAAUUAAUCGUCGUCACCUCUGAUCUAAGUUCGUUACUGUAUGCAGAACCCAAAACAAACGCAGUUGGUCGUAAUGUUAGCGACUGGUUUGGAUAUGGCCUUUUGAACGUUGCCGCAAUGAUAAAAAGAGCAAAAACAUGGACAAGCCUAAGCGAACAACAUAUAUGUGAAUCACUGAACACAAUAGUACAAAGAUCCAUCAAUCCAAGGGACACUACUCGAAUAGUUCAAAGCACACUUUACACGGAUAGUUGUAAUGAAACCUACAGAUGUGUGAAUAGAAUUGAACAUGUUGAAGCCUACAUAAGCUUUACAUAUACGUUCAGAGGGAUUGUUGAAUUGACGUUAGAGUCACCGAGCGGCACACGAAGUACCUUAUUAACAACCAGAGGUUCAGAUGUAGCAACAAAUUCAAGACAGGACUGGACGUACAUGUCAGUUCAAUUCUGGGGAGAGAACCCAAUUGGAACUUGGAAACUUUACUUUUCUCUCAAAGCUAAUAUCAACCAGGGAGGAUCAUUGCAAAGUUGGAAACUUAAACUGUAUGGAACAGGCGAUGGUUGCUCAAUUACCACAACCACACCAACUCCAACAACAUCGCCAACACCAUCCGAAACUGCAUCAUCAAGAACAUCAGUUACGUGGAAUACAACACAGAAAAACGCUGCAUCAUCAUCACAAACUAUAAACAGAUAUACUUCAUCGACCGGCAUUUCAUAUCCAUAUUCGAGGAAUGUAACGUAUAAUUUUACCGAUGUACCUGCAGGAGAGAAGUCUCAGAAGACACUGAUAAUAAUUAUUGCGGUUUCUGUUGUUGGCGCCAUCUGUGUAUCAGCUGCAAUUGCUAUUCCAGUUUAUCAUCACUGGGGGUCAAAGAAAAAGCUGAAGCUGAAUGCGUCGGAACGUAAAAUAUAAGAGACACUGACAAAAAAGUGUGAUCGUGAAUAAAAGUGAUAUGUGAUAAAUUCGUCGUCUUUCAGAAUAAAUGUUUUUAAUAACAGGUGAUGAAAUACACCUUGUUAUAAAUUCAGUAUAGAGUCAUCAAUAUAUUUCUAACAGUUGUUAUUUGUUCCUCUGUUUGCAUAUUUGGACCAGGACAAAGAUGUGAUCUCACAAACUGUCAUUUCCAUAUAAUUGAAAGAAUUUCAGAUAAUGCCGCGAUAUUACAAUAAACAUAUUAGAUAAAGAGGACUUAAAAUAUAUUUGAUUUUAACGCCAACCUCUUUAUCAUUUUUUUAAGCAGUUUACUAUUUUCUUUUGAUUACGCAUAGUCUAUUCUUUUUUAAAAACAAACAUAUUAUAAUGUCAUGAUGUACUUCAUUCCACAGGCUUAUUGUUCUUGUUCGAAUAAAAUCAGUGUGAAACCAAUUUAAGAAGUUUGCAUUUGCAUACUAUGAUUGCUUGAGUUGAAAGUCUUUAGGUUAGUUAUACAUUAAGCAACAUUCUAGAUUGAAGACAUGUUAAGCAAGCAUUGUAUCAUUUAUAUUGCCAUUGAUCAAAUCCAUAUCGGCGAAUGAAAGUUUGUAUUGAAGUGCAAAGUAUGUUUUACCAUUUACACAAAAUAUUGGCAAAACAAUUCAAAAUGAAAUUACAAUACUAUCCUAUACAAUUGCGUGUCUGAUUGUAAAUAAAUAUCAUUUGUUAGAUAUAUCUAUCGAAUAAAAAAUAAC